AUGUCGGAAGAUUACGAAUUCAGCGAAGACUCCAGCAUGAUGAGGAUGGAGGAGGACGGGGAGGCCAACAACGACGACCCCAUGUCGGCGGCUGGGGACGUUGGCCUGAUGGGGGGCGAGGCCGAGGGGUCCAGGAUCGACGCCAGUAAAAACGAGGAGGAUGAAGGGAAGAUGUUUGUUGGAGGGCUCAGCUGGGACACGACCAAGAAGGACCUGAAGGAUUACUUCUCAAAGUUCGGGGAGGUGGUGGACUGCACGUUAAAGCUGGACCCCAUGACGGGGCGCUCCAGGGGGUUCGGCUUUGUGCUCUUCAAAGAACCCGAAAGCGUCGAUAAGGUCGCCUCCCAGAAGGAGCACAAACUGAACGGGAAGGUGAUCGACCCCAAAAAAGCGAAGGCCAUGAAAAGCAAGGAGCCCGUCAAGAAGAUUUUUGUCGGCGGCCUUUCCCCGGACACCCCCGAGGACAAAGUCCGAGAAUACUUUGGUGCCUUCGGAGAGGUGGAGUCCAUCGAACUUCCCAUGGAGAACAAAACCAACAAAAGGAGAGGCUUCUGCUUCAUCACCUUCAAAGAGGAGGAGCCGGUGAAGAGGAUCAUGGAGAAGAAGUACCACAACAUCGGCCUCAGCAAGUGUGAGAUAAAGGUGGCCGUAUCCAAGGAGCAGUACCAGCAGCAGCAGUACUGGGGAGGCAGAGGCGGGUACUCGUCCCGGUCUCGAGGAAGAGGAGGCGGCCCCAACCAGAACUGGAACCAGGGCUACGGAAACUACUGGAACCAAGGUUACGGCAAUUAUGGGAAUUACGGUUACGGUAACCAGGGUUACGGAGGCUACGGCGGCUACGACUACACCGGCUACAACAACUACUACGGCUACGGUGAGCUCAGCCCCGGCUGA